AAAGUCCAAAUCCCCAAACAAAUCGGUUGUUUAACAAAUAUAAAUACACACUAGUGCAGUGCAUUAUUAUUGAACUUGAAAAGCCUAUAGGUAAUCAAAUCAUAUCAGAGACUUCAAGCAAACCGCGCUCUUUUUCGCUGGCGGCGCGCGCGUUGGGGAAAAAACGCGUUGCGUUCUUUUCAUUUCUAUGUAUAUGAGAGACUGCUGCCACACACAAUAUAUACACACACACAUCCAUACACAAGCGCAUAUACACUAAGCAGGCAGCAACAGCAGAAGCGAGGGCAAAAACGACGGGUCGGCUGGUCGGAGACGAGUGAAAGUGUCUCCACCACGGAAGUGCAUCUGUGAUUUGUAUAAUAAUGCGUCGCGCAUACUCAAAUUAUUGUUACGCUAAAGAUUAGCAAAAACAAACAAGAAAAAAACCAAAGCAAAGCAAAGCAAAACUUUGGCAGCUGGUUUUUGUUCACAUUAAGUGUGUAAACAACAAUAAAUUAAAUAUAAUAAUUUAAAGUAGCAAGCAAAACAAAUGUCUAAAAAGCUGGAUGAGGUAUUAACGUACAUCAAAGCAAUGCCCAACGCGUUACAGGUGACAGGUGACCCAGCCACUACUGCAGUACCAUCGUGCAGAAGUUGUUGCAUACAUGAUGAGGAAGGCACCACUAAGCCAAAGGGUGCCAAAUCUAAAGCCAAAUGUGGCGCGCUUAAGAACUUAGAUGCCAGUGUAGUUGCCGCCGCCGAGGCUGUUGUCAAUGGUGAACUGGAUGCAGCGGCUUGCUAUCAUGUAAGCAUGAAACUAUCGACAGCAGCGCCGCUGAAAUGUGAUGCACUGGCGGCAAUGCGUGAGGUGCUCAGCGCCAAAAAACAGUUGCCGCCAAAUGCCAAGCAAUCACUGUCGUCGUCAUCGCCGACGCCGCCGCCGCCGCCCUGUCAGCUGCUGGAACGCCUUAGCUUUCCAGAGGGCAAUAUUAUCAAUACGCUCCAUACAAUAUUGGCACUGCCAGCGUUUGAUCCGUAUGCGCCAGCGCCAAAAUCUGAAAUGAAUUACAAAGAGGUUGUCUCGCUGGUUCAAUGGGGUCUGCGCGAGGAUAAUUGCAUGGAAAUGGAGCUGAGUGAUAAGCUGUUGCAUGAGUGUCAGUCACAAAACCCCGAUCCAAAUGAUGAAACGCGCUCCUACUUGAUGGCCAUUGAAAAUAUGCGGUUAUUUUCAGAGGAUCCAAAGAAUCCGUUGCGUGAUGCUGAUGGACAAUUGCGUGCAAUUACGCUCUAUUUUCAGAAUCUUGCCUUGAUAUUUGUGAAACAUCGCACAGAUGAGUUUUUCACAUUUUGUUCCUGUAAGGAAUGUCUCGAAUAUCGCGAAACCAUCAUGGCUAUCAUGAUGGAUCAAUUUAAGGCUGCGCACAUGGUUGUCAUGCUGCUCGAUGUGCUCAUCAAAGCGUACAGUCCGAUGCUAAAAAAUGAUGCUGCCUAUAAUAAAUUUGAAAAGCUGCUUGAGUCUAAUAAGCAAAUCUAUUGGAUUACCAGCGGCUUUCUAUACGAUAAGAAUGCCGAAUAUCUUGACUUUAUUGAUGACACUGCGAUCUCUGAUAAUAUGAUAUUAGUGCUAUUUAGCGCCAUUCUAAUGGCUAAUAAUCCGAUGCUCUUGCUACAAAUACUCGCCUAUAAUGUUGAGUGCAUUGUUAAAGCGUUCUCCGAGGGCAUGAUUGAGAUUGCUCAAAAUGUGCAGGAGAAUGAAAAAAUUUCAGCCGAAAAGAUGCUCAUGUAUUUGCUCGAUGGUUACUCCGACUUGAACUGCAUCUCGCAAAAGAUUUCGCUCAGCUUGUUUGCAUUCGAAAAUGACUUUCUGCGCAAGUUCAAGUUAUCCUGGGUGCUCUUGUGCCAGCGACUGUUUCAACAACAUGUGUUCAAUCCACUUGGCGACACAAUGCUUGCCUGCAUCCUCUCGCUGAAGGAGAACGAAAACGAUGUCGAUAGCGCUACACAGACAAAUGCAUUGAUAAAACGCUACAUGCUAUUCGAUGAGCAUAUGCACUCCAUUGAACGCCGCUGGACGGAUGUCUGGAUCGAGCUAAACAAGUUCAACUUGUCGCCCACGGAGCAUGAGCGUCGCAUUGGCCUGUUGGAUGUGUAUAACAUAUUCGACAAAGUCGUUAUGGAUGCCACCUCAUUUACGCUACCAGACAUCAGUGAUGAUGAGUUCAUAGACUUUCAACGCAUUGUCGAUCGUCAGCUGGCCUGGAAGAAUAUUAUGGCAUUCACUAAACUCAAAUGGCCCGAUGGCUUUUAUGAUCCACCCAACAAGCUGGUGCAUGAGGAUCUCUGCAAAAAAUGCAAUGCAAUGCUGGAACACCAUAAUGACAACUGCAAAUGCAUAACUUGCUCCAUAGCGGGCACACCAAUGAUGCCACGAAUGGCAGGCUAUUGCGCCAAAUGCACCACGCUAAAUAUUGUUGAGAAGGAUGCUAAGCUAAUGAAGUCCAGGAUACUCAGCACCUGCACCAGUGACGAGGCCAAACACAAUGUUGAAGCCAGCACAAGCGCCGCUGCAGCUGCUGCUGCUGCAAACGCCAAUUUUCAACGUCAGCGACGCACCGUUGAGCCGAAUGAUGAAGUCAGCGCGGCGUUGCGACGUCCUGAUUUGGAAACUGCAUUGCGCACCACUUACCACAUUGCCUGGGCAGUGUUUCAGCAUUUAACCACACGCAAACGAUAUCGCCACGACACAGUUGAUCCGCAAUACUUUUGCGGUGAACACUGUCGCGUCUCUGCCUGUCAGUUGGCGCGUAAGAUUUUGGCCAAUGAGCUGUCGCCACCGCUCACCAAACAUUUGCUGCGCUGCUUUCAGCCAUUGUCGUUCUCACGUGACGAACUGCGCUCAACGCUGCCAUCGCUUAUGUUCUUUAAUCGGAAGUUGGCACCCAGUCCCGCCGAACUGCAGGAGCUCAAGAAUCAGCAUUACGUCUACAAGACCUACUGGACCUUUGUGCUCUCCAUAUAUGCGAAUUUCUUUGUCAAAUUCAAUUCCACAACCACCGACUACAAACAUCUCGAGCUGAUCAAAGGGGAUUUGCGCCUGCGCGUCAAUAGUGUUGUGGGUGACAAGGACGAUGGUCGCUUUGAGCAGUUUCUGGCGCAGGUUAUUGGUUACUCUCCCUUUAAAAUAACAGAUGACUUUACUUUGGGCGAUGCUAACAUUGAAAAAAUGCAAUUUGGCGUGGACCAUUUAAUGAUGCUGCAUGAUUCGCAAAUGAUCCGACGCACCAAGCCGGACAGCACCGGCAACCUGGCGCUCAAGAACAAAGCUAAUGACAUGUCACAAACAGACUCGAAUAGCUCCAAGAAGUGCAAGGAAAAGAUGCGCAAAUGCUGUGCGGAUUACGCCGACAUUGGCGAGCCCUGCAAGGAAAAUCACUCAAAGAAGCGUGUGAAGAAGGAAUGCAACCAUGCGCGUUUCAAUGAAACACGCGAUCGUCUGCGCAAGAAACUCACGCAGAUUGUAAACGAACGCAAAACCAAAGGCAGCCAGGAAGCAUCAGUGGUGAAGGAUGCACCAGCGGCUGCCAAGCGUCAGGAUACGGUGCUAACGCAGCAACCGCCCACACUCAAGACUGCGGCCUCGGCACAGGUGCAGGCGGCGGCGCGUAAAAAUCCUGCUGCUGCAGCUGCGGCAGCGGCAGCGGCUGCAGCAGCUGCGCUUAGCGAGAUAGGCGAUGGCAUUGAGGAUAGUGAUAAUAGUUUGCUUUGCUUGGACAGUCUUUGCAAGAGCAUACAGCUGCAUACCGAAGCGCAAGCGUCGGGGGAGCCAGUUGAGAUGGGCAGCUACAGUAAGGAGGACAUGAUGCAGGACUUUGCCGACUUCUUGGGCAGCUACACGCGUGAACAAGAUCAAAAGCGUUGGAUACACGAAACUCUCAACUUUAUAGAGGGUAAACCACAGCAGCCGCAGACAGCGAAUCCCAAGAAAGCCGCCAAGAAGGCCAAGCAAAAGCAGCGCAAGGAGGAGGAGAAGCGCAUCAAGGAGCUGGAAGAUAUGCGUAGCCAGUUCUUAGAUAUUUACUUCAAGGAAUUUAUAGACAAGUACGAACUCAAAACGUUGGCGGCCGCUGGCGGUCGCAAGCGUGAAAAGAAGCGCAUUGGCGAACUGGAGGCGAAUAUUAAGAAUCUACAGCGUGCCAAGGGCAAGGUGGAGACGGUUAUACUGGAGCUUAUAGCUACAGUAAAGGCAGCCAACAGUGAUUUCAAGUUUUCGUAUUUGCCCACUAAGGAGCAGCAGCUGGCUAAGAUGGCGCAGCUGGAGGAGCUGCUCAAUGGACAGUCGGAGCCAACGCCAGUUGUCCAGCCAGCUGCUCAGCCGGUGCCGCCGACUGCUUAUGCCAACUUUCAGCCAGCCUACUUUCCAGCCCACUCACCCGUCUGCUAUGCUCCGCCACAGCAGCAACAGUUGCAGUCGCAGCAGCCGCUGCAGCCACAACAACUGCCACGUGAUGUUAUUGCUGCCAUGGCAGCCAAUGCCAUUACUGCCGAUCCCUCCAAGCGUAUUGUGACCAUACGAAGAGUUCAGCUGCCCAGCGCUGGCGGCGAGCAGCAAGUUACUGUUGUGGCCAAGGGUAGCUCACCGGAUGAGGACAAGUUGCUUUAUACAUUUGUCAAUGGGCACAUGGUCCCCACGGCGCAUGCGCCAACGUCAGAUGACCCAGCAGCAACAGUUGACGUCAUGCCCGAAAAGAGCGCCAAGGCUAAGAAGAAGGAGGCCAAGCGUGCAGCGGCAGCAGCAGCAGCUGCAGAAGCAGCAGCGGCAGAAGCAGCGGCACUUGCAGCGGCAGCUGAGCAAGAGUCCAAGGCCAAGCAUAAAAAGCUAAAAAAGACAGCAGCAGCUGCUGCGACCGCCAGCUUAAGCUCCGGUAAUAGUUCCAAUACGCAGACGCCGCAAAGCAGCGCUGUCAACACUCGAGAGAAUUCAGUCUGCAGCGUCCAGCCCAAAGCCAGUACAACAUCCAGCAAGAAAGCCAAGCAGCAGGCAAACAAAGCUGCGGCUGCUGCUCAGCCCAAGCCUGCGUCGUUGCCACUGCCACGAGAGACCAACCCACCCAUAGCUGCGCUUGCCGCACCUGCAAAGCCCAAGAAACGCUUAAAGCCGCCCGUCGAUCAGGGACAACUGGACAACAAUCCGUUCAAGUCGCUGCAUGUGCAGGAUUCUUCUGAAGGCGAAUGGGAGACAGGCAGCGAAAGCGAUGCCAGCUUGGCACCUGUGAAGCCACCGCCUGCGAAGGUUAACAUUGCGCCCAAGCCCCAACCUGCAACCAACAACAAACAAAAGCCAGUAGCAGCAGCAACAGUAAACCCAAAAGCAGCGUCUACGUCAGCCGCGGCGUCCAGCAAAAAAACCAAAAAUGAGCUUCACACAAAAACACAAGCAGCGCAGCCGGCACAGCAGCUGAACACCAGGCAGUCGCAAUCAGCGGCCGGGCAGACGCAACGCAGAGCUGCAGUGCCGCAAGCAGCGUCGCAGUCAAGGUCAACGGGAAUGCAGGAGCAAGGGCGUAAGACCAAGCAGAGUCAAGUGCAAGGUAGCAGCAACAGAGGAACGCAGCAACAGCAGUCACAACAGCAGCAGCAGCAGCAGUCACAGCAACAGCAGCAGUCACGUGGCGGACGGAACAGUGCACGGUCUAAGCAACCAGCAACCACAACACCUGCGGCACCAGCACGUGCUUCUGCAGCUCCUGCAGUGGGCGACAACAACGUUUCGAAGCGUUCACAACGAAACAAACGCGGACAUCGGGCACCGAAGCAAGCGGAUGAUCUUUACGGCAUACCACAGCACAUGGGCUUUUUUAAUCCCCACGAAGUGGCCAUACCUCCGGCUGUACCACCGCAUGCAGGCAGCUAUGCCAGUACGCUUAGCCAGCAGCUCCAGCAGAUGCACAUUUCCCAAGGCCAGGGCCAAGGCAAUAAUCAGUCAUCGGCUAACAACUGCAGCAUCAUGGAUCAACUGAAUCGUGGCGUACAAGUUGAGCAUCUAGCGCUGCCACCAGGCAUAACGCUCACCAAAGUAGAUCCCGCCAAAAGCGAGCAGCUACGUCAGAAGAGCGAAUCCAUACGCAGACUUUCCAAGCCACUGGCCGAACAACAAUUCCAGCAGCAGCAGCAGCAGCAACUACAACAGCCGCCGCCUUUUAUGAGCGGAUUUUAUCCAGGCAGCGCAGGCAUGGAUCCCAAUGGUAGCAUUAUUAUGGUGGAGGCAAAUCCGCGUCGUGAUCGCCAGACGGCUGCUAUUAACCACAAUGUAGCUGCAGCCGCUGCCGCCGCUGCUGGCAGUGGAAAAUCAUCACGUCGCCGCCGAAGAAAUCGUGGCAAAUCUAGUGGUGGCGGUAGUCAGACUAACACUAAGCAGUCCUCUGGCCCUGCUGCUGGCGCACGCGAUAACCAGCCUAGCGUAGAAGCCAAUGCUGGCAAUAUUAUAACGCUGCGAAAUCCGAUGUUCCAUCAAGGCCAGGCCAGUGCUCCUGUACAUGCUGCCAGCAACAUACUGCCCACUCCGACUCCCAUUCCAACAGCAAGAAAUUAUGGCGUUGGACUGCCCUUAGCAGCAGCCGCCAUGCCCAUGGAUCAACCGGCCGCAAUUAUUAAAAAUGAGAACGGCAUGUUUACCAUCCGCAAUCCGGCGCUGCAUCAGGCUGUAACCAAUGGCCUGGCCAUGGGCGGCUAUCGCCAAUUUGGCAGCAAUGUUAGCUACUAUACGCCACAGGAGGCGGUGGCGGAGGCGGCGCGUGCCACACAACAGAAACAGCAGCAGCAACAACAACAACAGCAGCAGCCGUCGCCAUCGCCACCCAACAACAACAACAGCAACAAUCCUGCACGAGUUGCUGCACCCAGCAAUUUCUCAUACUUUUCCAGUGGCUCGGGCAGCGGCGCCAGCAGCAGCAGCAGUGGCAGUAGUGGCGUCGAUACGCACAAUAAUAUCAGUAUUAGCUGCACAAAUGUUGGACCAGCCGUUCCUGCAGGACGACUGGUGGGCGAUGCAGCAAUUAUAGCGCGUCCAAAGCAGCAACAGAAAUGUAUAUCGGCCAUUGGCAGCGAGCUAAAGCAAAAGACCAAAGAUCAAAGCCAAUGGUCAAGCUUUGGCCAGCCGGCGUCAGCUGAUUUUGGUAGUAAUGGCGGUGCUGCUGCUGGUGGUGGUCCGCUGCAGGAAAAAUACCAACAGUCCAACUACUACAAUGGCUUUGAGGUGUUCUCUCCAGCUGCUGGCAGCGCUGCUGCGUCUGAUUGUCACAUGCAUCAUAAUUGUGGCGACGACUCACCACCGCCCACUAUAACUGGUUUCAAUUCCUAUCUGGAGGGGAUACCGAACACCGGUGUCAUACGCUAUGAUGAUGCCUCUUUUUUGAAGAAUCUGAUACCGGGUCAAAAUCUCAACAACGAGGUCUCCAUACACAACAUAUCGGAGUCGAAUUUUACGCGCAACAACAACAACACAUCGCCAUCGCCACAUCAUGUGGAGAUUACCACAGUGUUUGGCAAUCGAAGCUGUUCCAACAAUGCAUACGAGCAGCAGCAGCAGCAACAACAACAACAACAGCAGCCCUCCCAGGGUAGCGUUAGCUCCAAUGCCAGCUAUUGUGACAAUGUGAAUGCCAGCGAUUAUGGCAAUGAUUCCACCCACUUGUUUGCACCAGGAAAUUUGAUGUCACAUUUGCCACAGGCUAGCAACUCGGCUGCAACGGAUCCUUUUGGCUAUGAUUUUGAUCCUUCAUCUGGCACAAAGGCAAACAGUGAGCUGAACGAAUUUCUGCGCCGCAGUCCGCAUAGUCCGCAGCGCACUUCACCCUAUAGCCAUGACGAAAAUGUAGCGCUCGAGGCGUUUGUACAAAAUAUGAGCGCACUGCAAAUUGCCGCGGCCACGGAUGCUGCCGAGCAGUGCACUCUGCUCAAUGGAGCUGCUGCCGCUAGCGGUGAUGCAGCUAUGGCCGAUGCGGCUAGUGGGGCUAACUGGUGGUAAACACAAAUGUUGCAACAGCAAAGUAAAAUUUAAAAAAGAAAAUCCAGAGCA